GUCGUUGAGCAGGGUGGCAAUGAGCUUGUAGUCCUUCCUAAGUGUGUUGUUUCCCCUUUGAGGAACUUGUCCGUCCUGAGGACGGUACCGGCGACCUGCUGGUGUAUCUUGGCCGCGACAGCGACGAGAGUCUUCUUCUGCCAGGUCUUGAUGUACGAUACUUGCGCAAAGGGGAUGUCAGUAUGGUACGUUAUCAGGAUGGAAAAAUAGCUUUGUCAGUGGUGCUUUGGGAGGCACAGGAUCCGAUUACUCUUCGUAUUGUUUUCAUGAGCAUAUACCUCAAGAAACGGGUCUUGUCCUCUUGGAGCUGUGUGAAUUAUUAGAGCUUUCUGCGCGCGUGCCAACCGCUGACGAGGGUGGUCGGCAGAGCAAAAGCCAAAAGAGAGAGUGUAGAUCCAAGAUGGACAUAAGGUGCAGGGCGAGUUGGGGAUAGCGUACCUCCAAACUCAUGUUUGUGAGAUGGGGAAGAGGGAGGAUCUGCGUACCAAGCCUUACCAGCGUUUACAUGUCACGCCAUUGCCCAGAAUGCGCAUCAUGCAGCCGUAUGACGACUCGUCCGUCACCCCCAGACUCUCCCCGAAUUGUUUGAGCGCACAUUCGGAAGGCAGCAACAGGCUUGUACCCAGCAGGAACGAUGGGUGGCGGGAAUGGGCCUGGGAGGAUAAGAAUUACUGGGUCUCAGAUGAACCCAUAUCCAAGGCCGACUUCAACUUUACCACCGUGCUGGGUACCGUCAAGCUUUUCUACCUCCGCUCGAAGACUUUCAGGCUCGGCAAUAUAGCUUGCUGGGUGGAUGACGAUGAUCAUAAGGCGGUGACUCUUAUUGGGUACUGGGAAAUGACGUAUAAUAUUGGACAUUGAGUGCCACUAUUUCUCAUCGCUGUAAACAGUCUGAUGAAGUGACUAUCAGGGGAACACGGAUAAGAGACGAUCUCGCUCCGGGAGAGCAUACAAUGCAUUGCGAGUUGCUCAGAGCUACCAAUGACCCCUCCAGGGGUCACGAGUUCAGGAUCAUAUCGCUGAUGAGCAUUUGAGCAUUUGAGACGAAAGGUAUCAUAGAGUACUGUACUCGUACGGGACGGAGGCGACCAACGCCCAAGCCUUUGAUUUUGUUGUACCACUAUCACCCUAUGCAUA